GCAGGCGCGCGGAGGCCGGUGGCCGUUAGCCGGGCGCGAAGGAUCCUGGGUGUUGUAGUUUAGGGGAGUUCUGACGGUAUUCCUCGCUUCUUCUUUCUCCCGGUCCCAGCAGAGGGACAGUUUGUGUUGGGGGGCCGCACGGUGAGCGCCACCUUAGAGCAGCGGGAGGAAUGUGAGCUUCUUCCCAGGAACGCGAGGAGGAUGGAACUGGAGCCAGAGGACGGGAGCGGGAAUAUCGCUCUAGCGGGAGGCCUGACCGCCGUAGGCCGCGGUCCUCUGCUCCGGGUUUCUGAUAAACGAGUGUCCAGGAAUCAUGGUCUGCUGGAAGUGCUCGAUGGGAAGUUGCGCAUCAAACCAUUACACACCAAUCCAUGCUUCUAUCGGUCAUCAAAUGGAGACCAGUUUCUGCCCCUGGCUAAGGAUGAAUGGCACUGGCUGAACCCAGGAGACUCUUUUUCUUUACUGCCAGAUAAAUACAUAUUCAAAGUAAUCUUACCCAGCUUCGAACAGACGUUAAGAAACAGCGAUCUGUCAAGUUUUGAGGAUGAUGAGCAAUCUAAUCCUGCAGGAAGUUUGCAUAAGGAGAAAGGGGAUGUCAGCGAGGGCCCAGAUAUACCUCGGGGUUACUCGCAAAAACCCACUACAUCAUCUGAGGCAUUAACAACAGAUAAUUAUUUCCGACAGCAAUCCAGCAGAAUUGAACCAAAUGGCAUCUUGCAGAAAGUGUCAGAGAGCGAGCAGUUGAAGAGUGGUCAUGCAGCACCAGCCACUGUACAGAGGAAAAGAAUCUUGCCAGCUUGGAUGCUGCAAGUUACUGCAGAAAUGCAAGACUCUUCAUCGGCAGUCAGUAAAAAAGGAAAUGCAAUGGGGCAGGGAAGAGGUGAUGCAGGGCAGACAAAAACUCAGGUAACACAACCAGGAAGAAAAAGACACAAGUCUGGUGAGAAUGUCCAAGAGAAUGAAGCAACAGAUCAACCACAGGAGAAAAAAGGUAGGAGAAGGAAAACACAACCAAAUAAAGAUGAAGACCAAAGCAAGAACAAUACUGAGGUGAAUAUUCCAGGUGCAAGUUCUGCUAAUGCGAAAAGCAAAGAGGAAAAGAAGAACAAUCUCGACGGACCUUCCAGGUGUAAUUACAAAUUGAUGGUCGGUGAUAGUGGGGAAGCCAAAAACCGACACGGUCUUGAUUCUCAGCGGUCCCAUGAGCUAAGUGACUGGGAAAUGAAUGUUAAAGAGAAGGAGGAGGAGGAAGAAGUGGAAUUGAUGAGCAGACAAAGUGAGCAGAAGAGUGCACAGACAUUGGAGACCCCUCACAUAAGGGAUAAAAGCAGCAGGCCAGCUCCUGAUGAAGCAGGAGCAGCAGAAGGCAUAAAGACUCUUCAAACUGUAGAGCAGAGCAAGCCUCGGAGAGCCCCCUGCAUGUAUGGAAGUAAUUGUUACAGGAAAAAUCCAUUGCAUUUUCAAGAGUUGAGUCAUCCUGGCGAUCCUGAUUACGAGGAGUUAGCAGGUGAGGAGGAAGAUGAUGACAAACCAGAGUGUCCUUUUGGUACUGCUUGCUAUAGGAAGAAUCCCCAACACAAGAAGGAGUACAAGCACACGCAACCUCCAGAAAGUGAAUUCAGAAGACCAAAGAGGAAAGGGUCUCAAAAAGAUAAAAGAGGUCUGAAUGGUGAGAGUGAUGAUGAUGGUGAACCUAACCAGUAUGACCUGAAUGAUAGCUUUAUUGACGAUGAAGAGGAGGAUCUGGAACCAACUGAUGAGGAUUCUGAUUGGGAGCCAAAUUCAGAUAGUGAUGAAGAUAUUGAAACACUAACAAAAGAAGCUAAUAGAUUUGUAAGAAAUAAAAAAUGAAACUUGUUUUUUGUACCUUUCAACUUGGAGCACUGAGAGAAUCUGUUUUCUUUCUGAUUGCACUAGCACUGACGUUUAUUGGCUUGAAUUAACUUAUGUUCAGAAUCACAUGAUUGCACUCUUGUUACUAAUUCAUAUAUAGGUUUGAAUCAUCUGUCACUUUAAAAUUAUUAGUUCACUGAGUUCUGGAAAUGGAAUUUGAGCCUUUUCAGUGUCUGCUUUGAUGGAUAGUUAGGGGAAGGACAUAAAGCUUUCAGAAUUUUGCUUGUUGCUAGAUAAGCAUUAAGGAGUGAUAUUUCAGUUUAUUGCUACCAUUGUACUAGUGAAAACAAGGGGAUUAUUUUUGGACUUUUUAGCUGUCCUAGCAAGCUACAUGUGCUAGCACAAGAGUCCUCAGGUUUUGGCAACUGAAGUGCAAAGUCUAAUUUUGUCUUUCAUUUAAAGAGGACCUCAAUGACAGGUAAAGAAAGAGCCAAACCUCAAGCAGUUUUGGAGUUUUACUGUGGAGUUAGUGUCCACAUUUGUCAACUGAUUCAAGCAUGCCCACUGGAAUUAAGUUCAACUGCUUAGUAAAAUUUGCAAAACACCUCUGGUUUGUACUAGAGAGGCAGUGAAGAAUAUACAUUUUUUGGCCAGAGUGCACAUUGUUUUUGAAUGCCUAAUGCCUCCUUAGGUGUGCAUUUUUCCAGCAACCAGUCUGUUUGAGUUCAGAUGUAAAGCAAUAAAACAAAUUUAAAGAAAAAAAA